GAGGGAUGGCGGUUGUCGUCACAUGAACUAAAAAGCCGCCGCCGUCGUCGCGUCCCUCAGACAGUCCUCACGGGAGUCCCGCGCAGGUCAUUGCAGCCGCCGCCGCCGCCGCCGCCGCCCCUUCAGCAGAUCCUCAGCGCCCGAUCGCCUUCCUCUGCCCAGCCGCCGCUGCCGCCGCUCCUGUCGCCGCCACAGCCUUGGAUGCAGUUGGGUGCUCGGCGGGGAAAAGAUGCCACCGUCCAAGUCUCGUAAGAUCGCCAUCCUGGGCUACCGGAGCGUUGGGAAAUCAUCUUUGACCAUUCAGUUUGUGGAAGGCCAAUUUGUUGAUUCCUAUGAUCCUACCAUAGAGAACACAUUCACAAAGAUGAUUACCGUCAAUGGACAAGACUAUCAUCUUCAAGUGGUUGACACCGCUGGCCAGGUAGAUGAAUAUUCCAUAUUUCCUCAGACCUAUUCCAUAGACAUCAAUGGCUACAUUCUUGUUUACUCAGUCACUUCAAUAAAAAGUUUUGAAGUGAUUAAAAUUAUCCAUGGCAAGUUACUGGACAUGGUGGGAAAAGUCCAGAUUCCCAUUAUGCUGGUUGGGAAUAAGAAGGACCUGCAUAUGGAACGGGUGAUCAGCUAUGAAGAAGGGAAAGCUUUAGCAGAAUCAUGGAAUGCAGCUUUCCUGGAAUCUUCUGCUAAAGAAAACCAGACUGCUGUGGACGUUUUCCGUAGGAUAAUUUUGGAAGCAGAGAAGAUUGAUGGAGCAUCUUCACAAGGGAAAUCGUCCUGCUCAAUGAUGUGACUGCACACUGGAGGCUCUAAAGUGGGGAUAUGUCUUCUCUCUAAAGAAGCAAACUGCCUGUUCCCCUCACAGUGAAACUACGCUUUUUAUUCUGUUAACUUGAACUAUAUACACUCAAUUUGAGACUUUUCCCUUCUGAUUAUGUUAAAGUCUGACUCAGAAAGGCUUCAUUCUCAUUUUCAAAUUUUAAGCAAUCAUAUUUUCAAUUUCUAUAUUUCUUAAUAUUAUGACCAAGAAUUUUAUUGGCAUUAAUUUUUAAGUGUAAUUGGAUUAGAAUAAUCAUCCAGAUGAAGCAUAUUGUUACACUACUAACUAGGCUUAAAUAUCAGUGUUUCUUUGUGUUCAAUGUAUACUUGUAAAUAAAAUAAUGCAAAUUA